AUGGUAGAAAGUUUGACCUUUCUUGUAACUGGCGUUAUUCAUAUCCACUGAUUGCUUCGUCACUUUCACUUUAAACGCUUCACUGGUCAGCUCAUUGCUUCACUCUCUCUCGCUCUCGUAUGUACAAUUACUCGCAUUUACGCUGAUCAUGUUUCUGUGCGUGUAAUUAAUCCUUGAUCGUUGGUGUUCGAUUCUUGGUUUUGAUUGAGCGUGUGUACAAUUAUUAUCUGAUUAUAAAGUGGAAUGGCUUCUUUAGCCGCAAACAUGGUCUCUCCAUUAGAAACUGGACAUAAAGUUUGGGAGGAUCCAUCUUUUAUUAAAUGGAGAAAAAGAGAACCUCAUGUCACUUUACACUGUCAUGAGUCUGUUGAAGGAUCUCUUAGAUACUGGUAUCAGCGCAAUAAAGUGGAUGUGUUGGUAUCCAAGUCUGCUGUUUGGAAUGAUGAUGCUGUUAAAGCAGCUCUUGACUGUGCUGCUUUUUGGGUUAAGGACUUGCCUUUUGUCAAGUCUAUGUCUGGCUUUUGGAAAUUCUUCUUGGCUCCCAGUCCUACCAAAGUUCCUAUAAAAUUUUAUGAGCCCGCAUUUCAGGACUUCGAGUGGCAAACUUUACCGGUUCCUUCAAAUUGGCAGAUGCAUGGAUUUGAUCGGCCCAUUUAUACAAAUGUGGUUUAUCCAUUUCCACUUGAUCCUCCAUAUGUUCCUGAGGAUAAUCCUACUGGCUGCUAUAGAACAUACUUCCAGAUUCCUAAAGAAUGGCAGGGUCGCCGGAUUUUGUUGCACUUUGAAGCUGUUGAUUCUGCAUUCUGUGCUUGGGUAAAUGGGGUCCCUGUGGGGUAUAGUCAGGACAGUAGGCUACCUGCUGAGUUUGAAAUAACAGAAUACUGUUACUCGUGCGAUUCUGGAAAAAGCAAUGUUCUGGCUGUUCAAGUUAUUAGAUGGAGUGAUGGGUCUUACCUUGAAGAUCAAGAUCAUUGGUGGUUAUCUGGCAUCCACCGUGAUGUGCUUCUUCUUGCCAAGCCACAGGUAUUUAUUGUGGACUACUUUUUCAAAUCAAACCUAGCCGAGGAUUUUGCUUCUGCAGAAAUAGAGGUUGAAGUCAAAUUAGAUAGCUCUCAAGAAAUGCCUAAAGACAAGAUUCUUGAUAACUUUGUCAUAGAAGCUGCGUUAUAUGAUACUGAGAGCUGGUAUAACAGUGAUGGAGCUGCUAAUCUACUUUCAUCACAAGUGGCUGACAUAAAGAUUAAUCCGUCCUUCGAUGCAAUUCUAGGAUUUCUUGGGUAUGUGCUGGUGGGCAAAGUAGAAAAGCCAAAGCUUUGGUCUGCAGAGCAACCAAACCUGUAUAUUCUUGUUCUCACCCUCAAAGAUGCUUUUGGCCAUGUGGUUGACUGUGAGUCAUGCCUAGUAGGCAUCAGACAAGUAUCCAAGGCACCUAAACAGCUGCUUGUUAAUGGUCAGCCAGUUAUAAUAAGAGGCGUGAACAGACAUGAACAUCAUCCCCGUAUUGGGAAGACAAACAUUGAAUCCUGCAUGAUUAAGGAUCUGGUUCUGAUGAAGCAAAACAACAUCAAUGCUGUGAGAAACAGUCAUUACCCUCAGCAUCCUCGUUGGUAUGAGUUAUGUGAUCUUUUUGGCAUGUACAUGAUUGAUGAAGCCAACAUCGAGACACAUGGUUUUCAUCUGUCUGGACAUAUAAAGCAUCCUACUUCAGAACAGAGUUGGGCUAUAGCAAUGAUUGAUCGUGUGAUAGGGAUGGUGGAAAGAGACAAAAAUCAUGCAUGCAUUAUUUCUUGGUCCUUAGGAAAUGAGGCCUCAUAUGGACCUAAUCAUUCUGCUGCAGCUGGUUGGAUUCGUGGAAAGGAUACCUCUCGAUUAGUGCACUAUGAAGGAGGUGGAUCCAGAACUCCAUCUACGGACAUCGUAUGCCCCAUGUAUAUGCGUGUUUGGGACAUAGUGAAGAUUGCAAAUGAUCCAACAGAAUUACGCCCUUUGAUAUUGUGCGAGUAUUCACAUGCAAUGGGAAACAGCAGUGGGAAUAUAUGUGAAUAUUGGGAAGCAAUUGACAGCACAUUUGGUCUCCAAGGAGGCUUCAUUUGGGACUGGGUUGAUCAGGGGCUGUUGAAGGAAAAUACAGAUGGUAGUAAAUAUUGGGCAUAUGGAGGUGACUUUGGGGAUACCCCUAAUGAUUUGAACUUCUGUCUGAAUGGUCUUACAUGGCCAGAUCGAAGUCCGCAUCCUGCAUUACAUGAGGUCAAGUAUGUAUAUCAACCGAUAAAGGUCUCGCUCAAAGGAAGCACACUUAAGAUAACCAACACUUACUUUUUCGAAACAACACAAGGAUUGGAGUUUAGUUGGGCUGCCCAUGGUGAUGGACAUCAACUUGGCUCUGGAAUUCUAUCUCUUCCAUUGAUGAAACCCCAAAGUAGUUAUGAUAUAGAAUUGGAGUCAGGUCCAUGGUAUCCUCUAUGGGCUUCAUAUUCAGGAGAGAUCUUUUUAACAGUCACAGCUAAACUUUUGCAUUCAACACCAUGGGUUGAAACUGGUCAUGUUAUUUCUUCUACUCAAGUGCAGUUGCCUUCAAGAAAAGAGAUCAUACCACAUGUAAUCAAAGCUACAGAUGCUACACUGUCUAGUGAAAUUCUAGGGGAUACAGUUAGAGUCAGCCAGCAGACAUUUUGGGAAAUAACAUUGAACAUUCAAACGGGAACCGUUGAAAGCUGGAAGGUUGAAGGAGUUACCAUUAUGAAUAAAGGCAUACUCCCAUGCUUCUGGCGAGCACCUACAGAUAAUGAUAAAGGGGGAGAGGAAAAUAGUUAUUACUCUAGAUGGAAAGCAGCUCGCAUUGAUAACCUUGAAUUUCUCACAAAAAGCUGUUCCAUACAGGAGAAAACCGAUCAUCUUGUGAAAAUAAAGGCAGUAUAUAUUGGUGUUCCAAGAGAUGAGGAUGAUUCCUCUCAAUCUAGCAAGCAAGCUUUGUUUGAAGUAGAUAUAAUUUAUGAGAUUUUUGGCUCUGGGGACUUGAUUAUUGAGUGCAAUGUAAGUCCAAGUUCUGAUCUUCCGCCUUUGCCUCGUGUUGGAGUUGAGUUUCACUUGGUAGAAUCUGUGGACCAUGUUAGAUGGUAUGGAAAAGGGCCAUUUGAAUGUUAUCCAGAUAGGAAAGCUGCAUCCCAUGUUGGGAUCUAUGAGAAGAAUGUAUGUGACAUGCAUGUUCCUUAUAUUGUUCCUGGGGAAUGCUCUGGUAGGGCAGAUGUUAGAUGGGUGACAUUUCAGAACAAAGAAGGAAAAGGAAUUUUUGCGUCAAUGCAUGGCAAUUCUCCACCUAUGCAAAUGAGUGUUAGUUACUAUUCUACGAGGGAACUUCACCGGGCAAGACACAAUAAAGAACUUGUUCGAGGAAAUGACAUUGAGGUUCAUCUUGAUCACAAACAUAUGGGUAUAGGUGGAGAUGAUAGCUGGUCACCCUGUGUCCACGAAAAAUAUCUGGUUCCUGCUGUGCCAUACUCCUUUUCUAUCAGGUUAUGUCCAAUAACAGCAGCAACCUCUGGCCUGCGGAUCUACGAACCCGAACAUCAAAACUAGGCGCAUUUCCUUGUGUUUCCUUGCUUAGUUAUUGACAUGUCUGUACAUGUAUAAGAUGUUGUGCUGGACAUCAAGUCUUCCUUAAAAAUAAUUCAAUUCAAACGAUUUGAAUCCUUUAAUAUUAUGAAGAUGGUGACGUUUGCCCCUGUAACAA